UUCUUGGUCGGUCUCUCAAGGUAAGGUAGGCGCACGGUCGUACUUAAGCGUACUGCGGUAAACGAAGCUCAGACUAUUGCGGACGAAGCAGAAAAAGUUCAACGUGCGUUAACAUCAGUUCCGUUCAGUAUUUCGUCUUUUGUUGUGCUCGUUCGGUACCGGCCAAACCUGACUAGUUUAUGUAAUUUUUCUUCAAUGAAAACUUGUGACUGGAUGUGACUGUCUUUUCUCUCCAGAACAGUGUACUCAAUGUUGAACUGUUUUCAUUCGAAGUACUUGAAACAUCUUGUUUAUAUUGUAGCUUUUGCGUAGGAUGUGGCAGCGUUAAAAUGUUGCAGACAAAUUGGAUAUCGGCCUUUUUGGCCACCUCCCUAAUUUCUCUACUCCACCGCGCUUCAGCAGACUUCGAGUAUCUGGUGAGCCAACCAGUGUCCAUGUCGCUACCUAUAGGAUAUGAUACUUCGCUGCUAUGUGAAAUGAAUAUAGUGCCCGAUAAGUUUGAAUGGAAAUUCUACCCAACUGAUGAGCCGUAUAAUAGGGCAGCUAAUAUAAUUUUGAGCAACGCUAGUUACAGGCUAAUUCACGAAUUCAGACCGAACAAGAAAAAAUCUGAAUUACUUGUACCGGUGAAAGAUGAACUAGUAGCGGGUGAUUAUCAGUGUCUGGCUUAUUACGGGGCAUUUGUGGUCGCUUCAGUACCAUGGCGAAUCACCCUUGCAAGACUGGGUCAAUCGCAUCCGCAGAAAUCAGUUUCCGUUACGGUUCAAGCAGGAAACACUGUGAGUUGGAGAUGUGACGUUCCCGAAUCGAAUCCUCUGGCUUAUGUAGACUAUACUAAAGACGACAAAUAUAUCAGCCCGCCCGAUGUGGGCAAUCGAGUUAAAAGCAUGAUACUUCCCCAUGUGAAUGUAAGCGAGUCCGGGGUCUACAAGUGUUCGACGACAAACACAUUUGAAAAACGGAAUUUGGACUCAACUUUAAAAUUAGAAGUCACUCAUCAUGCACACGAAAAGGCCCCAUUUUUCAUUAGUCAACCUGUUAGCGAGCAUACAGCAACAAAAGGAUCGACAUUAUUUCUGGAAUGUUCCGCAGUGGGUAAGCCCAUACCUAAAGUGGUGUGGUACAAGAAGUCCCAAUCUCAGUUACCGGCACAUCGUACCGAAGUUAUCGCCGGUGGGUUGUUGAUAAAAAAUAUAUCUUCCAGAGAUGAUGGCGUUUACGUGUGUAAUCACACAAAUUCCCAUGGGAGUAUUUUCCAUGAAAUCAUGGUGAAAUAUCGGGAAGAACCGAGUCUAGACUGCAGCAUUAAUGCCACUGAUAUUAAUCAGGGGGAGAAUAGGGAUCUUGAAUGUGAAGUUAGAGGUACUCCCGAGCCGGAAAUUUCCUGGUUCCUAAACGGGUUUUCCGUGUUGAAUGACUCGAGAAUAGAAGCAAUCGGCAACAAAAUCUACUUUAGACCCAUAGAGAAGCGUCACGCUGGCAAUUUGCAGAUUUUUGCAAGAAAUAUUGUGCAAACCGUGUAUAGCAGUAUAAGAAUUCGAGUAAUUCCUUUGCCGACUAGCAUCGAUGAAAUUCCCACGCCUCUACAUAAUCGUCCGAGGCACAAACCAAAGAAAUCGCGCGUUACAAAACGCCCAUCCAGACAGCGGGCACCUAAAAUGAUCCCACCUAGUAAGCCUGUAGUGAGUCGCGUGAAAGACGAUACUGUGGUGGUUCGAUGGAACAUUAGUAACAAUAAUGGCCUGUCGAUUCUGUUUUUCAAAGUCCAAUACAAAGAAAUUCCCUUUGCUAAUCAAACGUAUACUUCGAACAAAGGCUGGAAUACUGCAAACACUGACAUAGCGCCGAAUAUCAACGCUUAUGAAAUCAGCGAUCUGAAACCCGACCACUUUUACAAAUUUCGGGUCGCAGUCGUUUACUCCAAUAACGAUUCCAUCAUGAGCCAGAUGUCGAAGAAGUUCCAUUUGCGCAGCAUUGACUUUGAUAAGAAGAAUCCUCUUCCCGUUUGUCUUAUCACACAUGUGGAAACAAUCAGCCAUAGUUCUAUCAAAGUCUACUGGAACUGUCCACCUUUCAAUGUAACAAUCGACGGCUUUUACAUACAUUACCUAAUUGCUACCAGGGCUGGGGAUGACUACGUGGUAGUUACAGUGGAAGGCUCCGAUGUAAGAAGUUACGUUAUCAACUACUUACAUCCCGAAACCAGUUACGAUGUUAAAUUGCAAAGUUUCAAUCAGAAAUUGGCCAGCGAAUUGAGCCCUAUGAUGAAAGGCCGUACCGGAGUGAGCCCCGUCAACCCACCCACCACCACAACCCCAACUCCCAUAAUUACAAAAGGAGCUAAUAUUUACGUUAUAAUUGCGGGAGGAGUGGUCGGAUUUGCCCUUGUAGUUACAGGGGUUAUUUUGCUUUUUGUGUGCAGAAAAUGGCAGCGCAAUAAACUACCAGAUACUCAAGACAAAUCGAAUUCCAUUCCAAAUCACAUCCAAGCUGACGCCAGUGAUUAUAUGGUUGAGUCAAAAACCCUAUCGAAAGCUAAUGGAUGCACACUGCCUGGAAAUAAAAUCACAAUAACAUCCAACCCACUGGCAGAUACAGAAAAGAAUCCGACUGUGAUUGAAAUGCGAAAUUUAGCCAAUAACAACGUGCGGCAGCAGCCUGAUUCGCCCAGCGACACUACGCUAACUAAUACGUCGAAAGAUAAGCAUAAACGUCGAAACAAUAUCAGAGAAAGUAGAGAAGAUUGUUCUACGGACAGCAAUUAUGUAUAAUACUGGAGUUUCCUUUCGAAAUUUUAAUCAGAGCCGUGUAACCAAAACACGUAUUUUGCUCAUGCUCUUUCUUCCUACAGCAUCAUUUGUGUAGAGAGAGCACUCACAUAAAAUGCAGAUAGUUUACUUCCUAAUUAUUCGAAACUCUCUGAACUAUAAUCUCGAAUAGGUCUAAACUGCGUUGUAAAUUGUCCUCUUCUGUGAUACGAGAAAUGUCUGGUAGAUAAGAGACAGAGCCUUAAUAAUAGAGUACUUAGAUUUUUGUAGCAAAGACAACAUAAUCCUUACCAGCUGAUAUUUCGACGAGUGUUUUACGAUUUUGCCAUGUAUUGAAGCUGCUGUUAUGUGCGCUGGGUUUUCUCAUAACUGGCUUGAUCUACAGAGUGUGCAAACAAGACAAACGUCCAUUGGAGUUUGGGAAAAUAUUUGAAUAUUUCUCCAGAAACCCAGUGACUUUCAGAGAGUCAAAGCAGGAAAAAGCAUAUUUUGUAAAUACCGUGUACAGAAAAUGGUUAGUGUAUUUAUAUUUAAUGUAUCGUAAUUUAUCGGAUAUAAUAAUGGUGGCAAUGACUGUUUCAAGCAUCCCAGAACCGGUUUCGAGCCUAUUAGAUCUCCUGAAAAUAACUUUAUUUCGCCCAUGUAUAUCGGUAUAACUAGCAGCAAGGCUACGUGGGGUUUGGGAAUAGUUUGAAUGUACCGUUGUCUUUUUUUAUUGUAUAAGUUAUUUAUUUUAUGAACAUGGUUUGUCCAUGACUAUGAUAAUUUGUGCCAAUAAAACGUUGCGCAAAGUUCCUAAAAUAUAUGUUUAUUCAGCUCGAAAUAAAACACGUAGGAUAGUGUCAGCAAGCAAAAAAGUCCAUUUUUUCAAUAGAUUUAUGGUGAUGAAACCAGAAAAUUUUAUCUUUAGAUUUUAGACAGUAACAAUUAAUCUCGAACUUCUACGAAACAAAUUUUCUCGAAAACACUUUAUAUACUUUGAAGCAGCUUUGUAUAUGGGUGAAAAUAAUACUAAAACUGUGAUAUUAAAAAAUUAGACGACGAUAUUUUGUAAUACUUGAAAAAAUGUGAGUGUAAAACAGUGUCUGACUUGCCAUUGUUCAUUUUUGCACAUAACAUUAAAUACAUCGAAACGUCGCUAAUUAUCUAAUGACUAAAUAUUUUCGACAAUAUGUUGAAUUCUCAUAUUCUCUAAAUGUAGAAAAACAUGUUCAGGGUAAACCUUUGUAAUAAGUACAGUUGCCCGACGGUUUUUUACUAAGGCUCAAAUUUACAUGAGUUACGAGACUUGAAAAUUUGCUAUCAGCAAUCUCACUUUUAGGGGUAAGUGUUAGACUGAACGAUUGUUUUAAUAUGAUGCAAAUACUAAUUUUUAGUGGACAGAAAACAGAACAUUUUUUUUGUAUUCAAUAUGCUUGGGAUUUUUAAGGAUUUUUAUACCUAAUAAAAAUUUCAUGUUGAA